AUGGAUGAAAGCAAGGAAUGUGGAAUGAGUUCUGGUGAUGAAAACGGAUGUGGAAAAGAUACUGGUGAUGAAAGCAGGGCAUUCGGCUUCCUCGCAUUAGUCACGUUAUUGCCAUCAAUUGACUCUGUAAAGGUUGAUUCCCAAGAAUCAUUAGCAUCUCCGUAUUUACGGAAUCCUGACGAAUUAGCUCAGCUCAUUGAUACACCCGACGAGUGGAAAACUAAAGAUUUUCAUUCAUCUCUGAACGAAUUUAAUUGCGAGAUUCUUCCACCAUCGGAUACUAUCCCCACGUCAGUACAUAAACUUCGCCCAGCAGACAUUAACGUCGUGGCAGCUCUCGGAGACUCAAUAACGGCGGGGUUCGGAGCAAAAUCAGAAAAUAUUAGUACAAUUAGUACUCAAUACAGGGGAAUAUCAUGGAGCAUUGGAGGUGAUGAUAGUUUGGAGGAUGGCGUUCUCACACUUCCAAAUGUUUUGCGUAAAUACAAUGCUGAUUUGAAGGGCUGGUCCGUGGAGACUGGUGGUAGUCGAGACUAUAACAUCUCAAGACUUAAUGUUGCAAUUCCAGGAUCAAGAUCGACAAAUAUGCGGCGCCAAGCUGAAGAUCUUGUUGAACGUUUACUGUUUGCUGAUUCAGUGGACUACAUCAAUGACUGGAAAGUGGUGACAAUAUUUAUCGGUGGUAAUGAUUUAUGUGCGUCUUGCAAUUUUCCUGAAAGACAUUCCGCUCAACAAUAUACAGAAAAUGUUAAAGAAGCCUUGGAUUAUAUGCAUCAAACGAUGCCGCGGACAUUUGUCAAUUUAGCUCAGACAGUAGUUGUGACAGAAACUAACAAGUUCAAUACUUCUUACUGUAAUCAAUUCUCACUAUGCACCUGUGCAAAGCAAUGGCAUAACGACGACUGGGAGGAUGUGUUACAGUUGACAUGGGAUUACCAUACGGGGUUGAAAACUUUGAUAUCUACGGGACAAUAUGAUACGAGAGAAGAUUUCACGGUUGUUAUUCAACCGUUUUUUGAAGAGACAUAUGUACCUCCCGAUGGUGAAGGUGGUUGGGAUCAUAGAAUGUUUGCACCAGACUGCUUUCAUUUCAACGAAUAUGGACAUCAAGCAUGUGCAAUGAGCCUUUGGAAUAAUAUGAUCGAACCAGUGGGUGCGAAACGGACAGCAUGGCGUCCAGGUGACAUAUUGGAAUGUCCAUCAGAGGAUUUCGAAUACUUUUAUACAUACCUUAAUUUUCGAGUUUCAACUACAACUGCCAAUCCGCUGAGUGACGUCUCAACGUCAUAUCCGGUUGAUGAUGAGCCUACUACGACAUGUGAAGACUAUACUGGCGCUUUUAUCACGGCGAUUGUGAUAUUGUCUAUACUCCUAUUGGUCUGUUUCCUUGGAAUCAUUUGGCUUGUAUAUAAAAUGAAUUCGAAUGGAAAGGCUUACUUGAACUGA